AUGGCGGCCGCCAUUGGCGUAGUGCUGCUGCACGGCCCGCUGUUCUGGUGGCGCUUCCUGGGCCGCCGCAUGAUCAUGGUUGGCACGGUCGAGGCUGUCAAGCAGCUUCUGAAUGCGGAGGGGUCUCUGGUCAAAGCGGACUACCCACCCUCUGUGCACAAGCUGCUGGGUCCCUGGGGGACGGUCAACAUCAGCGGCAAGCACCACAUCCGCAUCAAGCGCCUGGCACAGGCAGCCUUCACCCCCAGGGCCAUCCGCGGCUACCUGCCGCGCAUGCAGGCCAUUGCGGAGCAGGCGGUGCAGAAGUGGGCAGCAGAUGGCGACAUCCUGGUGCACGAGGAGAUGAAGUGA